AUGUUGUGCUCAAGUCUCAAGGUAGUUCAAGACUGCUUGAGAUUCCGAUUCUGCGAACCCGGUCGAGCCAUGGAAGGCUUAGAUGUGAAGAAGCACUACAUCGUCAAGGAGAGCGUCGUGCGCCCCGAAUGGAUCGAGAACAAGUACCUCACCCUCAGCCCAAACUUCAGCGCCCUCUACUGCCACGAGGAGGGCUGUCCUUUCGGUGGUGGCUUCAUGGAAACCAAGAAGCUUGGCACCUACACCGUGGACAGAGAAAAGGGCGUGGUCACGGUGAAGCUGACGAAGAGCGAGUUUCGAACAAACGACGUUACCAUGAAGAAUGAGGAUAAGGUGAUCUCCGAGGAGCAGGAAUACACACUGAAGGCCCUGGGUCUGUGA